AUGCAAAAGGGCCUCUCUUUGCUAGGGUACCAUCUGUGCAACUAUAGCCUGACCAAAAAUGUGUUUAAAAUGGUUGCCUACCAAAAGUCCUAUGAGAAAAGCACUUCCUGUGGAGGAUGGAUACCAUGGAUGGUGUGUCCCCGAACGUAUUAUAAAACACAGUAUCAUACGGUUGAAGUCCCUGAAACCAUCACUUUUACUGAUUGCUGUGAAGGAUAUGAGCAAGUUGGACUCUACUGCUCUUUAGGAAGAACAUUCUGGUACAACGUGACAGUACUUGUGAAAAUGGAUUUUAAUGAAUUAAUCAGAGUUGACUCCCAAUUUCUGAAUCAUUCACGCCUUUUGCACUCCAUGAUUACUGGUGCACUACUGCCCUUGAAUGCCUCUGUGCACCAUAUUCAGAGUAACCGUGCAGAGGUAUAUGCUGGGACAGUGACCUCUCAGGUUCUCAUUGGACUGCAGCAGCCAGCUCCACUAGUGGAGGUUUCUUUUUCCUUGAAGGACAUCGUGAAGCGCACGUAUGAGGUGAUUGACACAGAAGUGCAAGAUGUCGAUGAAUGUUCCUAUGCUGAAUUUAAUGAUUGUCCCAUGAAAAACUCCUGUGUGAAUCUGGAGGGUUAUUACAGCUGUGACCCUCAGUAUGAACAUGCAGAUGUCAUCCAGCACUGGCUGAACCAAAGAAAAGAAGGCAUGUCAGUUUCUACUCCAAGUUCAGCACUGAAUCUCACCAACACUAGCAAUACCUCUCUGUCUAUAAGUAAUUCAAGUGUCUUGUCCAUCACUAACCAAUCCAGAGAUGCUGAGUGCUAUCCCCCAGCAGUCAGAAACCACCGAAUCGUCAGUGUUACCAGCAACAGUUUUGAAAUGUCCUGGAAUGCCGCUUCUACUCUGAACCAUACUUUCCAAGUCCAAGUGUUCAAGGGCAAGGAGAUUGUACAAAACCUGAAGACAGAGGAAAUGAAAAUGGACGUGUCUCAGCUGGAAGCAGGUGUGAUGUAUUCAGUAGAGAUCAGCUAUGAGACCUGUGGAAAAACCAGCACCUCCCGUCAAAAUGUUAAAACAGAGGCCAAGAUAUUUGGAGUUACACUGAGGAUUCUCAACUACAACUUCACUGAUGAUUUCCAUAAUGCCAGCAGCUCAGCGUAUCAAGAAUUUUCAAGACUGUUGUUUACAGAGCUUGAAAAUUCAUUUCCACCCAACAUUUCUGCUUUAUACAAAUCUGGGAAGGUGAAAGUGCAGAUGGAAUCCCUGCAGGCUGGAAGCAUCAUUGUGAAGCUCAAAAUCACUGUGCAGGAUCCCGAGUUUCCAGUUGAUGCCUUCACAUUUGCCCCAGUGCUUUCUUACCUACAAAAUGGCUCUACACUUUUGGUGGAUGAACAAAACACUGUAGUAGGAGACUGGGAUGAAUGUGCUUCUCACACCGAGAAUGACUGCUCUGUGUUUGCGGAGUGUAUCAAUUUGAUGGGCUCAUACCUCUGCAGAUGUAAGACAGCCAUGGAUGCUAAUCCAUCCCGACCUGGAAGAAACUGUGAGGGUGAGAUUGUGGACCCUCUCACUGAAACGGUGGCUCCUGAAAUAACAAACAGCACAGCAUUUGCUGUAGAAGAAGUGAGCUCUGCAGGACAUGCUCCCCCUGCCACCACUGAGAUGGUGGCUGCUGGAGGCUCUGAGAUGAGUACUGCCAUACAUCUCUCUGCCACACUGCCCCUGGACGACAGGCAAGUGUCCCACAGUCAUUCUCCCACCAAUGCUCCUGCAGUUUCUUGGAAAGAAGGCCUAACACCACAGAUGGGCUCUGGCAGUGACAGUGGUCCCACAGCCCCAGGAGUCACAACCGUUAAGGAACUGGCCAUGAGCACACAGCAGAAGGAGGCUGUGAGUCCAUCACAGCACAGCUCUAUGGCAGAGGCUUCUCCCAGUGGAUCACAACCAGUGUCUGCUCUCACAAAUGCACCCAUGGGCACAGCUGAUCAAGAGCAACUUAGUACAACAUCGCUGGUGUUUCUGAAUCAAACAGCCCCUGCUGACACCAGAAGUCGAAUAACUUUUGAUGUGCCUCAAGCCAGCUCUCAAGAUGGCUCCAGUACAGCUCUGCCACCCUCAGGGAUUGAUGGUAUUCCUACCCUCAAUGCUACUCUCACAGCACAUGUAGAGAUGGGAAGAGAGAACAGCUCUUGGUCUGAGAACUACUCUGCAGCCCUGGGGUCAUCAACAUUGUCAAGCACCUCUCCAGCUCCCAGCCCAACUCCAGGCCCAGCCACGGACCACACUAUCCAGAAACUUCGUGGCACAGUACGGAUAACAAAUGUGAAAUUCUCUCCAGGCUUUAGCAAUACAAGCAGUGAGGAAUACCAGACGUUUGCACAGCUCUUUGUUGAUGAAGUACAUAAAUCUCUUCCUCUUGAGGUUCUUCAGCAGAUGGAUGCUGGUCUGAUUAAAGUGAUGAUAAUGGGUAUUACUAAUGGGAGCACAGUGGUAAGUUUCAAUUUACUGAUUGCAGCAGACAUGGAUAUCUCCUACAUCAUCCCCACGUUUCGUGACGCCUUUGAACACAGCUCCUAUUUCACAGUUGACAAGAGCAGUCUCUCCAUAAACGAUUAUGAUGAGUGCAAAAGUGAGGAAGAUGACUGCUCCCCAGAUGCAUCAUGCCAUAACACAGUUGGGUUUUACCAGUGCAGCUGCAAUGAAGGAUUUGCUGAUGUUCAUCCAGAAAGGCCUGGAAGAAGCUGUGAAGCAUUUUCUAUCAGCCAGAAGGCAACAGUGACAGAUAAGAACACUGUACACAACACAGCUCCACCUAUGACAUCUUUGGAAACUUCAACUCAUGUUUCUUCUCCUGAUUCACUGAACUUCUCUACUACUGAGCACAAAGCUCCAGGGAACACCACGUUGCAGCCUCCUCUCACCAUGGAUCCUGUGUCAACUCACGAUGUUUCUCCUCAAGCAUCUCCUGCCCCCCUCGUUAAACCUGUCCAGGCAGUUUCCAUCAAAGAUGCAGUGACAGUGUCUUGUGAAAUUGAGAAGGUUAUCCUGGCUGUCCAGAAGAGAUUUUUACAGCAGGAGUCUAUCCCUGAAACCUCCCUGUACCUGGGGAAGCCUCACUGCAAUGUGAGCUUUAGCAAUGGCACUCACGUUGUGCUGCAGGCAGGCUGGAGAGACUGUGGCACUGAAGUGGAGACCAACAUGACCAAUACCAUAGUGAAAAACAUCCUUCGGAAUGACAAUUCAGCUCAGGGAGUAAUCCACCACUUAAAAGUUUCCAGUCCCAUUCACUGUGUGUUUCAGAAUGAUCUCUUGACUUCCUCUGGAUACACUGCAGAAGGACUUUACACCAUCUUUGAGGAUUUGCAUGGAUCUGGACACUUCAGAACAGAAAUGCAGUUGUUUAUUGGAAACUCCCCAAUACCAAAAAAUUUCAGUGUCUCUGCCAGUGAUGAUGUCCUGAUUGAAGUGGGGAUCCAGAGAGCAGACAGCAAGCUCAAGGUGGUCCUCACUGACUGCUGGGCAACUCCAACUAAUAAUUCAGUGGAUCCCCUCUCAUUUACUUUUAUCAGCAACAGCUGUCCCAUCCCAAACACGUAUACCACACUGAUAGAAAAUGGGAAUUCAAGCAAAGCACAGUUUAAGAUGAAAAUUUUUUCCUUCAUCAACAAUUCUGUGGUUUACUUACACUGUAAAAUCCGUAUUUGUAUGGAGACCCCAGGAAGCACCUGCAGGACAAGAUGCCAUGCAGUUCGAUCCCUGAAAACUGGAGAAACCAUCGCUAUGCACAGAACAUCCUGGGGACCUCUCUGUAAAUCAGCUGGUGACCCUCCUUGCAAGGAUGCUGGGAUGGAAGCUGGGUUCAUUAUCCUCAUUACCUUUGCUGUGUUUGGUUUUGUGCUGGGAAUUGUGAGCCUUCUCAUUUUCCUGUACCAGCGAAAGAUGGGUAGUUACAACUUCAGAAUCAAGUCUGACAACUUCAGCUACCAAGUGUUCCAUGGUUAG